AUGGCUGAAUCUGUGCCUAUUCCCGAGCCUCCUGGCUACCCUCUAAUUGGAAACCUGGGAGAAUUCACUUCAAAUCCCCUCUCUGAUCUGAACCGUCUAGCAGAUACAUACGGACCCAUUUUCCGAUUACGUCUUGGAGCCAAGGCUCCCAUUUUCGUCUCUUCCAAUUCAUUGAUCAACGAAGUUUGCGACGAGAAGCGGUUUAAAAAGACACUGAAGUCGGUUCUCAGCCAAGUUCGAGAGGGUGUUCACGAUGGCCUCUUCACGGCAUUCGAGGAUGAGCCCAAUUGGGGCAAAGCACACAGAAUUCUAGUACCGGCUUUUGGCCCUUUGAGCAUAAGAGGAAUGUUCCCAGAAAUGCACGACAUCGCUACCCAAUUGUGCAUGAAGUUUGCUCGACAUGGUCCUCGGACACCAAUUGAUGCGAGCGACAACUUUACUCGUCUAGCCCUUGAUACUCUGGCUCUCUGCGCCAUGGAUUUCCGCUUCAACUCGUAUUACAAGGAGGAACUGCACCCAUUUAUCGAGGCCAUGGGCGAUUUCCUCACAGAGUCAGGAAACAGAAACCGACGACCUCCAUUUGCGCCCAACUUUCUUUAUCGUGCAGCAAACGAGAAGUUCUAUAAUGACAUUGCAUUGAUGAAGUCAGUAGCCGAUGAAGUUGUCGCCGCACGAAAGGCAAGCCCUAGCGAUAGGAAGGAUCUUCUCGCUGCUAUGCUUAACGGUGUUGAUCCUCAGACGGGAGAGAAGUUGUCCGACGAGAACAUCACCAACCAGCUCAUCACAUUCCUUAUCGCUGGCCACGAAACCACUUCUGGUACUCUAUCCUUCGCCAUGUAUCAGCUUCUCAAGAACCCCGAAGCCUACAGCAAGGUCCAGAAAGAAGUCGACGAAGUUGUCGGCCGUGGUCCCGUCUUGGUUGAGCAUCUCACAAAGCUUCCCUACAUAAGCGCUGUUUUGAGAGAGACCCUCCGGAUCAACUCUCCUAUUAGUGCCUUUGGUCUCGAGGCCAUCGACGAUACCUUCCUCGGGGGCAAGUAUCUCGUCAAGAAGGGUGAAAUUGUCACUGCUCUUCUGUCUCGGGGCCACGUUGACCCUGCCGUAUAUGGUAGUGACGCUGACAAGUUCAUACCCGAGCGAAUGCUCGAUGAUGAAUUUGCGAGACUCAACAAGGAGUACCCCAACUGCUGGAAGCCUUUUGGAAACGGAAAGCGAGCGUGUAUCGGUCGUCCUUUUGCUUGGCAAGAGUCUCUUCUCGCCAUGGUCGUUCUCUUCCAGAACUUCAACUUCACCAUGACGGAUCCCAACUACGCUUUGGAGAUCCAGCAGACGCUGACUAUCAAGCCCGUACACUUCUAUAUCAACGCUACCCUACGACAUGGCAUGACCCCAACUGAGCUAGAGCAUGUUCUGGCAGGAAGCGGAGGUGCCAGCUCUUCGAAUCACAAUAUCAAAUCCACUGCCAAUUCAGAUGUCAAGCCCGGCAGUGGCAAGCCUAUGGCUAUUUUCUACGGUUCAAAUAGUGGCACAUGCGAGGCUCUCGCCAACAGACUCGCCUCGGAUGCUCCUAGCCACGGCUUCAGCGCAACAACAGUCGGUCCUCUCGAUCAGGCCAAGCAGAGCCUUCCUGAAGACCGCCCCGUUGUCAUCGUCACUGCAUCGUACGAAGGACAACCCCCCUCCAACGCUGCCCACUUCAUUAAGUGGAUGGAAGAUUUGGAUGGUAACGAGAUGGAAAAGGUGUCGUACGCUGUUUUUGCGUGUGGUCAUCAUGACUGGGUUGAAACAUUCCACAGAAUCCCCAAACUUGUUGACUCUACCCUUGAGAAGCGUGGCGGUACUCGCCUCGUUCCUAUGGGCCGUGCAGACGCUGCCACAAGUGACAUGUUUAGCGACUUUGAAGCCUGGGAGGAUACUGUCCUCUGGCCAGGGUUGAAGGAGAAAUACAAGAUCUCUGACGAGGAGUCAGGCGGCCAGAAGGGUCUGUUGGUGGAGGUUUCGACACCACGAAAGACGAGUCUCCGUCAAGAUGUUGAAGAAGCGUUGGUGGUUGCUGAGAAGACCCUCACCAAGUCGGGUCCCGCGAAGAAGCAUAUUGAGAUUCAGCUUCCCUCAGCCAUGACCUACAAGGCCGGCGAUUAUCUUGCUAUUCUUCCCCUGAACCCGAAGUCGACUGUGGCGCGGGUUUUCCGACGAUUCUCUCUGGCCUGGGAUUCUUUCCUGAAGAUCCAGUCAGAGGGACCUACUACACUGCCUACCAACGUCGCCAUUUCUGCUUUCGAUGUGUUUAGCGCAUAUGUUGAAUUAUCACAACCUGCUACAAAGAGGAACAUCCUUGCUCUGGCUGAGGCGACUGAAGACAGGGCCACCAUCCAGGAACUCGAGAGACUUGCUGGGGAUGCUUAUCAAGCUGAGAUCUCGCCAAAGAGAGUUUCGGUUCUGGAUCUUCUUGAGAAGUUCCCUGCUGUUGCUCUCCCUAUCAGCUCCUAUCUGGCCAUGCUCCCUCCCAUGAGAGUCCGACAAUACUCCAUCUCUUCCUCACCCUUUGCAGACCCCUCAAAACUCACCCUCACAUACUCCCUACUUGACGCCCCUUCGCUCUCUGGACAAGGUCGCCAUGUUGGUGUCGCCACAAACUUCCUGUCACAACUCACUGCUGGCGACAAACUCCACGUCUCAGUCCGCGCCUCCAGCGAAGCCUUUCACCUCCCUAGUGACGCCGAGAAGACACCCAUCAUCUGUGUCGCUGCUGGAACUGGACUGGCGCCUUUCCGCGGCUUCAUCCAAGAACGUGCAGCCAUGCUUGCCGCAGGUCGAACUCUCGCACCAGCUCUUUUAUUCUUUGGAUGUCGAAACCCAGAGGUCGAUGACCUGUACGCUGAGGAGUUUGAACGCUGGGAAAAGAUGGGCGCUGUAGAUGUGCGACGUGCGUACUCUCGCGCCACUGAUAAGUCUGAGGGAUGCAAGUAUGUCCAGGAUCGUGUCUAUCAUGAUCGCGCGGAUGUCUUCAAGGUGUGGGAUCAGGGAGCUAAGGUAUUCAUCUGCGGAAGCCGUGAAAUUGGCAAAGCAGUUGAGGAUGUUUGUGUCCGUCUCGCCAUCGAGAAGGCUCAGCAAAAUGGUAAGGACGUUACUGAAGAAAUGGCACGAGCUUGGUUUGAGAGGAGUAGGAAUGAGCGUUUUGCUACUGAUGUUUUUGAUUAG